CAACACAGGGAGGGCGUGCAGAGCGCUGAGGUAUAAAAACACAGACGCUUUCUCAGACGGGACUCAGAAACUCUGAGCUGCCUGCCAGCGCGACAAACUCACCAUGCUGCGGCCGAAGGAUUUGUGUCAGGGAUCCGGCACCAAAACCUUCCUGGAAGCAAUGCAGAGUGGUAAAGUCCACCUGGCUCGCUUCGUGCUGGACGCUCUGGACGGGCGCAUCAUCAACGGCAAAACCGAAAACGGCCGUACGCUGCUGAUGCACGCCGUGAACCUUCAAGACCCCGGGAGCAGAUCCAAAUUCACCAAGCUUCUGCUGGAGAAAGGCGCGGAUGUGAAUGCCCGGGACGACCACGGACGCACAGCCUUGAGCUUCGCCUGCGAACAUGGACGCCUGGAUUCGGUGAAGCUCCUGGUGCAGUUCAACGCCGACCCGGAGCUCACAGACACGUGGGGAAACAGCGCCCUGAUGUACGCCGCCUGCGGAGGACACAAUCAAGUUUUGGAGUUCCUGGUGCGGGCGUUCAAGAAGCUCGGAUUGCGACUGGACCGCACGAACCACGCGGGACAGUCAGCCGCACAAGUUGCUGAUUUCUUCGGGCACAACCAGUGCGUUCAAGCCCUCAGCGGUUGCGGAAAGAAGACGGUGAGUCCGACGAACAGCACGGGAGAACCCGCGGAAGACCUCCGUUGGCCCAAUCGCCUUCCGAAGCAUGUUCUGGAGCGGUUCUCCAAACAAAUCCAGAGCAGACAAGAGGAAUUCCUUCCGGCUUUGUUUCAGAGACAGCUGCGCGUAGGCGACAGCGGCAACAACCUGCGAACCCGCUUUAGACGUCCACCGCCGUCGCCCGACAAGGACCGAGAUCUGCUGUUUGCUUCGAAACAGAUUCAAAACUCGGUGUUGAAAGAGGUCGGGAGUGCAGAGCGCGAGACGGACAUUGAAACGCCGCUCUGGGGAAAAACCCGAUCGUUCAACCUGGACCUCAGAAAACAAUCCUACCAAGGCGACGUUCACGAAAUCAACAGAUCCGCCAGCAGGUUCAAAAGAGCUUCGCUCCAGGACGAAAAGCCUCUAGUGGCAAAGUUCUACAGCACAAAAAUGAGCGAUACCAUCAACCUCGAGGAGUCACAGAGCAGAAAAGUUCCCAAAACGUCCAGACAGAGCAAACUUCUGUUCAGUCGGGAGGAACUGGAACCCGAGAGGAUCAAACCUCGCACUUCAGGGAUCUCCGGACUCGGGACCAGGCUGCUGCGCAGAUUCACAGCUCCUGAAUUCAUGCGGCACAUCAGAGACUGUCCGAGCGACGCUGGACACAGUAAAGGGAAGAUGUCCAGGUCCGAGACCUUCCCAUUCUCACACACACACAUGAGAGUGAACAGCCAGCCCAGUGUGGACAGCAUCAGUGCGGUGAGAUGCGAGUUUGAGAACAAUUCAGCUCUUAAAUGAGCCGAUAAAGGCAUAUUUAGAUGAGGUAAACACUAUAUUGGGCAUUUAGAAAGACCUGGGAAAUGAAUUCAAAGAUGUUUAUGACUAUCACAGAGACUACACUGCAAGAAAUGAUGUUCUUCCUUUGUUUUUGUCUUGUUUUCCAGUACAAAUCUAAGCAUUCUCAAAUCAAGAUACAAGUACUUGUGAAGCUAUUAAAGCUAACUUUUUUUGUGUUCAGUAUCUACAAGAUUUAUAUAAUGAGCGAGUAGAUCAUGAAUCCAUUUUCCAAACCUGUGUUUUUGUCGUGUCCUGAAUCACUAGAAAUAUAAACACUGAAAUGUAUAAUUUUGCAGUAAAACGAGAAAUCAGUAUGUAGUGCGCGUGCAGCUGUGACGCGCAUCAUUUAUACAGUAACGGUCGAAGAGGCAGAUAAAUCGAGUGAUUAAUGUUGUUUAACUUGUUAAAAGUGCAUUUAAAGGCUCUAAAGAGGACGAAAUAAUAAUACUUACCUCACAAUUUUGCUGUUAGUCAGGUUUUAUGUUCCAGUUAUAAGUUCAUAUUCGGACUAUUUUAGACCGGUCGGUUCGCCACCGCCGCGGAUUAACACAGUACCUGCGUGACUCGUCAUAGACAUAAACAGAGAGAAGUAGCUCCGGCUACAAUGUUCUUCCGCAAGACGCAUGCAGUUCUGUUUAUUAUUAACCGCUAUUAUUACGGACUUGUUUCUGAAUAAAUAAUCAAAACGUUUUCACUUUGAAUUAAGAUUAUUUUUCAGAUCCCCCUGGCAGAUAUUUGUUCUUGUUUUAAGCAUAAACUCACUUAAUAUUGAUACACUUUUCUUUAUCUGUAUCUUUAUCUAAGAAUGUUUAGAAGUAAACUGGAAAACAAGACAAAAACACCAAGUAAGAACAUUUCUUUUGCAGUGUAGAGAGAUGUUUGACACUAUAAAUAGCUGUGUACUUCAUGAAUGUAAGAACUUGAACUCUCUCACUGCUCUCAAGGUCUGUUACUGCCUCUGUAGAUUCAUUAAUGUCCUUCAGCUAAUAAUGAAGUGAUUUAAUUAUUGCUGACAUUAUUAUGCACUGCUAAAGUGUAUCUGCAUUAAGCUAUUAUUACUAUAAUGCAUGCGUGUUAUAUUUUUAUAAGCAUAUUUUGUCUUGAAAGAAAGAGAGAAAUGUGGAGUAAAGUACAUCAACUGUUUGUGAUUUGUAUGCAUUAAAAUACAGUUUUGUAUAUCUUUGCAUAUCUAUGAUGCCAAUAAUUUAUACUGUAUAAACUCAAAGCAUCUGUCUGUGUGAAAGAAAUUGUAUUUUGUUUUCUUUUGAUAGACAUAUAUAUGAAUAAAGCACUUAUACGCUUAAAGCAAAAUAAAACUUGA